AUGGCAGUCCCGAACUGGCUCAGAAUCUCAGGAGUCAGCCUCUACUACGUACUCUUCAACCUCUUAGUCGCGACUGAGCUACUCACGAUCGACCUUACCCUUUUGACGGGCGCCGAAGACAGCAAUGUGUUCGUGCAUCAGCCCGCAUCCCUCGGCGACUGGUUGAACCUCGCCCAGUUUGCCAUCGUUUGGGCUCUAUGGGCGCUGAUGUACGCAUAUCCCUCGACGCUGCACAACCAUCAGGUUGCUAACAAAGAACUUGGACACCACAGUCUCGUUUCAUGCAUCGUGUUUUAUCCAAGCGAUGAACCUCACGGCGUGCCCGCCAAAGUCUCUGCCAUCUACACGACCUACCUACUCAUCUCUCUCGUCCCCCUCAUCAUUGUCACAGCCAGCCCAUCAUCUAGGGAAGGCCGCAGGUGGUUUGACGCUCUGUUCCUCGGUUUCCACACCUACUUUCUGAACCCGAUCAUCACGAUCUUUGGCAUGGCUGCUCUAUAUGCGGAAGCACGUACAAUUCGUGCGCGCCCUGAAGACUCAGGACUCGGUUCGCUGAGCAUUGUGGGCCUCGCGGCGCAGGCGGUUGUUUUCUUCAUCGUGGGAGUUGGGUGGCCUGGUCGCUUGGUCUGGCCCUUUCCGAUUUUCGGGAGGGCGUUCCUCGCCUGGAUUCAGAUGGUCGGGUUUGUGCUCAUCGACUACAUUAUCUUCGUGAUCGCUCAGGCGGAUCUUUUGUACAUUGCCAUGCAGCACAAUGGAUGGAAUGCAGGUGUUCAAGGCGCAAACGGCGAAAGAGAGCCUUUGAUCUGA